AUGCACCACCAAAACCGAAAACCACCGAGACCGAGUCCCUCUAUCACAAGCAACCAUAAUAACAAUACCAUUGGCAACCAUCGUCAUCACAAUAAACGUGGCGAGUUGCGUCGGUUCCCUAAGAUCUCUCAAGCCCAUUCACUGCCUACUGUACCAUCGGAGGAUGGGAAGGAUGAUGAGCUGAUCACGCCGCUACAAUCUCAGGAUUUUGAUUUCCGCGAGGUACAGCAUCGAUAUUUGAUGGCUUUGCAUAAUGAGGAGGAGCAAAGUGAGAAUAAUGAUGGCACUGUUUCGUGA